UUUUCCAAACCGCUUUUCUUCCUCUCUCUACCAAACACAUCUUCUUUCAAUGUCCGCGACCUUUCGCCUCCCGUCCACCGUCCGAUUCUCCAGGGCCCACCGUCCGAUCUCCUCCCGGCCCAAUACCACGAUCCUGUCCGUCGCCGCUACCGUCGAUGCUCGGAGACCGGCGAACCUCUACCAGAUCCUCCGCGUCAAGGAAACAGCUUCCCCGAUCGAGAUCAAAACCGCUUAUCGCACCCUCGCCAAGCGGUUCCAUCCAGAUGUGGGAUCGGACGGCAGCGAUUUCAUGGAGAUCCACGAUGCGUACGCUACGCUGUCAGAUCCAACGGCCAGGUCUCACUACGACCUUUCGAUCCGUGCCGGGAGGCGGUUUCGACUCCGGCCGGACGAUCGGCUUAUGACGAGAAGGUGGGAGACCGAUCAGUGCUGGUAGGAGUUUCUGAUACCUUUUUCACAUACACGUUCGGAUCUACUGGAUGAUUCCCGCCAUCUGUAAAAAUCGUCCGCCGGCGUUGCGGAAGGGGCAUUUGUGUAAUAUUUUGGAAUCCAGGUGGCCUCGAUUGUAAUUUUUGUAAUUUUUCCCUGCCGGUGGCAGGAUGAGUAAAUAUCUUCCUUGAGGAGCAA